AUGGUUCGGAUUUGUUGGGCCGGCCUCCCCAUCAUUGUCCUAUGUAGCUGCAUCGUUAUUUAUGGUCUUCAGCAGGCCACACCUGCCUUAACUCGCGAAGCAUGGCGGCCUGCAUCUACCGCCACGCCGAGCUCCACAAGAUCUACAGAAGCCUCCACGACUGAGAUGCCGACCUCCACGACAUGGUCUGACAUGCUCCCGACGGAGGGUUUGAUAUCGCUGCGUGGGAAGAACUUGAUUCUUGCAGGAGAUUCCAACGACAGAAACUUUUUCCACGUGCUGUGUCAUUAUGCUACAGGCAAGUCCGACCAAGUGCAGUACAUUAGGAAGCUGGAGAUCGCAUCCGGUGAGUAUUCCGGGCUAAUUACUUGGCCCACGGAAGCCGCUACCAUGACAUGCCAUGACCGCAGCAGGAAUGCAAGCUUGAUGUUCCUCUUUCACCAGGGAGUAUACAGCCUUCCUCCCCAGCCAGACUGGUUCCUAGAGUUCGUGCAGCGCAGGCUGGGCACGCACGGGAUUGGAGCGCGAGGGAAGGCGCGUGUGGUUCCGACAACUGACUUGGCCCGUAAUGUAUGGCCAGAAGCCAUCCAGCAGAAUCUCUGA